AUGGCUGACACCUUCCAGUCUACCCCAGACUUCUUCACUCCCUUCAUCGCCGACGAUUCUUACGAACCAACGGUCUUGGACGGUGAGUUCUUUGGGGAAUCAAUUCACGGUGGUCUCCACGCAAAGCCGAUGGCAUCUCAACGAGACAUGUUGAGUUACUAUCAGCACGCGGCUAUGCAUGGGCCUCGAGCCGUGCCGGGCCCGGAAGGGGCUCACUACAACCCCAGCCUGUACAUUGGCCCAACCUACGACACUGAUCAAGCCCAAGAGUACCACUACUUGAGCCAGCAUCAUGUCGAUGAUCCAUAUAUGGAGUUCAAGCAGAUGCCCGCGAGUAUGCCCAGCACACGACGCCCAUCCGCUGUCUCAGGCAUGGAGGGCAGCUUCCACGGCCACCAACCUGCUCCAACACCGAAAUCUAUGAAGCGAAAGCUUUCGAUCGAAUCAUCUGGCUAUGACCUUGCGCCUCCUCAGAAGAGGGCAAUGUCCGCCCAGCUUCAAGUGCACAACAGUGCUGUUUAUGACAGCAGUGGUCAGAAUUCACCCUUCUCACCAUAUGUUGCGACGCCUGUCAGCUCUUCGACCUACCACCCCAAUGGCCUACUACCUGGUCCCCGUAUGGGCCAUAACUACUCGACUUCGAACGCUUCGCAAGUGUCCUUGGCUGCUCCGUCUCCGCACACUCCAGGUUGGAGUCCUGACUUUGCAACUGUCAAGACUGAGCCCAGCCCACAAGCUCCGAUGACACCUCCGGUACCCCGACCAGCUUCAGCAUCUCCAAUCAAGUCUGUUCCACGCCUGGUCAGAACUUCGACCAUGAAUGUUGGUCAGCACUCUCCUGUCAACGCCAACUUCCACCAGACGUACUCGACUUUCAACCCAUAUGCGUGCACCAUGAAGGCCAACUUGAAGCUCAAGGGUGAGCUCAAGACGAUGACCAAGGGCUGGACCGAGCAGGAGCUCUCCGAUCGUCGCCGACUGGUUGAGUUCACCCGAAGCCAGCAGGGCAACAUCAUCUCUGCUGAGUUCAAGCCUGUCAAGCUCGAGGACCGUGCGCCCAGCAGCAUCACCAUUAGCUGCAUCUGGUGGAAGGAGAAGAACGACUACUACGUCACCUCCGUCGACACGAUCUAUCUUCUCGAAGCCCUUGUCGGCGUUCGCUUCACCGUUGAGGAGAAGAACCGCAUUCGCCGUAAUUUGGAAGGCUAUCGUCCCGCAACUGUGUCGAAAGCCAGAGCCGACAGCGAAGAAUUCUUCAAAGUCAUCAUGGGCUUCCCCCACCCCAAGCCUCGUAACAUCGAGAAAGAUGUGAAGGUCUUCCCAUGGAAGAUACUGGACGAGGCCCUGAAGAAGAUCAUGGGCAAGUACUCGGCCAGCUAUUCCUCGACUGCCGAUGAUCUAUCACCCACCUCGCCGCCAGAAGGCUAUGUGGCCCAGUACGCUCAUGAGCAGGCUGCAUACCCGCCUGGUAUGAUUCCGGGUCGGAUGUCGGCUCCUGUCACUACCGCCCCAAUGCCGCCGAUCCCGCCUCAGUUGCAAGUCCAGAUGGUUACUGCUGGCCCCAACUAUGGCAACAACGAGGCAUUCGCAUUCAACCACGCCAUGGCUGGGAUGCCUCAGGCGUCAAUGUUGAUGAGUGCAGACCCGAUGAGUGCACCUAUCCAUGCGUCUGCCAACUCGUGGGAUUACGAUCAAUAUGCCAACAACAGUCCUGUCACUGCUCCCCCGCACACCGCUCCACCGGGCACCUGGAACCGUCCUCAGUUCGAAACAGCUGACUUCAACCCACCGAUGCACUACCACCAAUAG